GACAACUGCUGGUGGUGGCUGCAUCUGAGAGCAGGAGUAGGGACAAGUCUUAAAGUUUGCCCCUGUAUAGAGCCAGAACAAAAAUCAGGGAGACCCCUCGAUAUGGGCCUGACGUAAAGUCCUGGUGGCAGAUUUCUCGCUCUUGUCUUCACCCACGCGCAGUUCGACUACCUGCUUGCAGCUCACACUAUGCUUCUUCCGCGGUACUCUCCGAUCGCAGCGCUGCGAGCAGCCAACCAUUCACCUCAAGCACGAUGGGCGCAGAUUCGCUCCUUUCGCAAGAGUACCAGACGUGUGCAAGAAGUAUUUCAUGCCCAGCUCGAAGACCCGGACGCUGCUGCUAUCUUCUCCUCGAUAAAAACCUCUCCAAAAGUCCCUCAGACCCUUACAGAGAAAAUCGUCCAGCAAUAUGCGGUUGGCCAACCGAAAGACAAAUAUGUGAAAUCGGGCGAUUAUGUGACGAUAUCACCGCACCAUUGUAUGACACAUGAUAACUCAUGGCCUGUUGCCUUGAAGUUCAUGUCGAUCGGCGCCUCAAAACUGAAAGAUCCGAAGCAGAUUGUCAUGACGCUUGACCAUGAUGUACAAAACAAAUCUGAGAAGAACUUGACAAAGUACAGACAGAUCGAAGAGUUUGCGAAGAAGCAAGGCGUGGAUUUUUACCCUGCUGGAAGGGGAAUCGGACAUCAGAUCAUGGUGGAAGAAGGCUAUGCAUGGCCUGGAACAAUGGUGGUGGCUAGCGACAGUCAUACCAAUAUGUACGGGGGGAUAGGGUGCCUCGGCACCCCUGUCGUGAGAACAGAUGCUGCAAGUAUCUGGGCUACUGGUCGUACGUGGUGGCAGAUUCCUCCCGUUGCGAAAGUCACGUUCAUUGGUACCCUGCCGAAAGGUGUCACGGGCAAAGACGUGAUCGUGGCGCUUUGCGGACUGUUCGACAAGGAUGAUGUCCUAAACCACGCCAUUGAGUUUGUUGGAUCAGAGGAGACUCUGCGGAGUUUGCCGAUUGAUGCGCGGUUGACAAUUGCAAACAUGACGACGGAAUGGGGUGCUCUGACUGGACUCUUCCCGAUGGAUAGUGUGCUUCAGGGCUGGCUGAGGGCGAAGGCUACGAUGUCGGCUUUGGACACCUCUGAAGGGCGGUCUGGAAACCCACGGUUCUCGCACCCAAGACUGGAUCAAUUGUUCGAAUCUCAGCUCGCAGCAGACAAGGGGGCUCAGUAUGCCAAAUAUCUUCAUCUCGACCUGAGUACUCUGUCACCAUACGUAUCUGGACCAAACUCUGUCAAGGUGGCAACGCCGUUGAACGUUUUGGAAGACCAGAAUAUCAAGAUCAACAAAGCCUACCUCGUUUCAUGCACCAAUUCACGAGCUUCUGAUCUCGCAGCUGCCGCCAAGGUCUUCAGAGAUGAAGCUGAGAAAAAUGACGGCAAAGUCCCCAAGAUCGCAGACGGCGUUAACUUCUACAUCGCAGCCGCGUCGAUCCCCGAACAGCAAAUAGCCGAAGAUGCGGGUGACUGGCAGACGCUCAUCGAUGCUGGUGCCAUUACACUUCCCGCUGGCUGCGGGCCCUGCAUUGGCCUAGGCACGGGACUCCUUGAGCCUGGUGAGGUCGGCAUCAGUGCGACGAACCGCAAUUUCAAGGGUCGUAUGGGAAGCACUGACGCGAAGGCCUAUCUUGCCAGCCCAGAAGUGGUUGCAGCUAGUGCACUGACUGGCAAGCUCAGCGGGCCGGGUUGGUACGAAAGGCCUGAAGGCUGGACGGGAGUCGUCAGGGGUGAAGGCGACGGCAUUAAAGAGGAGGAUCGUAUGAUUACUGCAGACGAAGCAUUCCAGAAGAUCCUCGACCAGCUGGAUGGUAUGAUUGAAGCAGGCGAGCAGACCUUUGGAAGCAAUGACCAAAGUAGUGACGCAAUAUCAAGCUCCACUGAAGUCUACCCAGGGUUUCCGGAACGCGUCGAGGGAGAAAUAAUCUUUUGCGAUGCGGACAACAUCAACACGGACGGCAUCUAUCCCGGCAAAUACACCUACCAGGACAACGUUCCUGUUGAGAAGAUGGCCGCGGUUUGCAUGGAAAACUAUGAUCCCAAGUUCUCGUCGCUUGCGAAACCUGGUGACAUCUUGGUCUCAGGCUUCAACUUUGGUUGCGGCAGUUCUCGCGAGCAAGCAGCAACAGCAAUCCUGGCCAAAAAGAUCCCGCUUGUGGUUGCAGGAAGCUUUGGCAAUAUCUUCUCACGGAACAGCAUCAAUAACGCGCUGAUGGGGCUGGAAGUACCGAAGCUUAUCCAACGCCUACGUGAGACUUUCUCAGACACGCCUCCCUCGAAACCGGGACGGGAAAUCACAGAGCCAGUUGGCAACAAGGAGGACCAGCAGAGUCUUGACUCCCCUCCGCCAACCCCUCCCACGCCGCGUGAGCAGCAACUGAGUCGCCGGACUGGCUGGACCUUGGUUUGGGACGUGAAGAAGUCGCAGAUCGAGGUUACUGAAGGUCAGGGUGGAAAGAAAUGGACGGAGAAAGUGGGCGAACUGCCCCCCAACGUCCAAGAGAUCAUCGCCAAAGGCGGACUCGAGAAAUGGGUGCAGAAUGAGAUUGCUGCUGCUUGAGAGCAUCCAUCCGCCUGCGGUGUGUUCGCUCCGGCGGUAUACCACAUGUCCUGUGAUGAACAAUAUGGGUCUGGACGAAUAUUGUGACAGCUUCGAAGAAAGACUGUAUGGCCCCUAGCGAUUACCGAUCUAGGUGCGUGAGUCUAUGGGUUUCCGAGGGUCUGGUAACCAGGACGAUGGAGACAGUCCAUUCAGUGCUUCUUCGCACCUUACCAGAUUGCACAGUUGAGCAGCUUGCACUCAUCAGAAUGCAGCUAAUGUGCUUUUGUCUACACAUCUACGGCCGCGAUUACCCAGAGUCAUAACAUUUGGACUCGACUGGUAGCCACAGCGCGUCUUUAGUGGCGCGCAGUGUACGAGAAUUCUGAGGCAAACGCGAGGGUUGCAAUGAGUUAUGCGGAGACUACUGGCAGAAUGGGUUCGGCGGGAUGAGACAGUCAUAUAGCGUAGACAUGAUCUUGGGUACGGGAGGACAGAGGUGGUUGCAAUACUGUGAGAUAGUAUCAUGGUUGUCCUUGGGUCCAGGUUUGUUGACAAAGUGACGAGUUAGCACGAACAAGGAGCGUGAUCACGUGAUUA